AAUGAAUAAUAAUAGCAAUAACAAUAACAAAUAUAUGUGUAUGGAAGUGGGUUAUGAUGAUCCUGAUAAAGAAUAUGAAACCCUUGAUGAUGACACUUAUACAGAUAAUUUUUCUAUACCCACAUCAUCAACAACGACUUCUUUGAUAAAUAUUGAUCAAAAUAGCUAUUGUAUUGAUUUUAAUGAGGAGUCAUUAAGCAAUGUAAAAAAAUUUAUUGAAAAUUCCGAAGAAUUUUUAGAUAGAAAAGAUGAUAAUGAUAUAGAUUGGUUAUCAUCAGAUUUUGAUGUGCAAUCUGAUGUGGGUUCUUUGUGGGCUUCAACCAUUGAUGAGUUUGAAGAAAAAAAUACUAUUAAUGAUAAUGAUAGAUGUGUAAUUGUUGAUCUUGUGAAUGGAAAGUUACAACAUUGUAAAAAUACUAUAUUUCGUCCUCUUUGUCAACUUUUGGGUAUCUGGGAAUUAGAUUUUGAUGAGGUUAAUAAAGCCAUCAAAGUGAACCAACCAGAUGCGACAGCUCUAUUGGGUACAUGCUCAAGUCACUACAGUUUUGAUAAUAAAAAUCAUUUAUCACAUUUAAAAAACAGUGUUCCUACUCAUGAUGCAUGGAUAUAUAAAAGAUGUUGUUUAGGAGAUGGAUGUACACAACAUUCUAAGAGCGUUUUAGAACGAAAUGUUCAUGUACCAUGUUGUGGUUUAAAAGUUUGUCCAGUUUUUGUUGAAAAUAUUUUUGUGGGUUCAACAAAUGAAACAUAUCCACAAUAUAUCUUCACAUUAUGUUUUGAAUCCGAAGGGGGACACAAUUACCAACAAAAAGGUAGAGGUGUGAAAGCAUUACACACUUGUAUUGAAGACCACAAUGAAGACAAUUCCAAGUCUCUCAAGCUCUUUGGAGAAUGGUUACAAAAUAUUUCAACAUCAUCCGAUCAAAUAAUUAAAAAUUUACUUCUUGAAGAGCUCUUAGUUUCACUUUCAAAAUUUUUUAAAAGAAAACAAUUGUUACAAACGCAACCAACUUCUAUAUCUGAUGGUAAAUCAUUAUUACUUAAACACCAAUUUGAUAAAAUCCAAAUAAUUUUGCUUCAUGAAGUUGAGGAGUCAGCGAAAUUCUUCAUUAAUACAAUUAACAUAACCCAUGAAGAACAACUUAAAGAUAUCUUCUAUCAAUUGAGUAUUAAAGGCAUUUUUGCAAUUAUCCUUAUAAAAAAAGAUAGCACAUUAAACCAUAAUGUAAAUAUGAAAAUUUACAAACACCAGUAUCAAGAUACUACUAAAUAUGAUGGUUAG